AUGGUGAAGUACUCCUGCGAGGCCUCGCACCCCAACAAGUGCGCAAAGGCUCUGGGCCAGGACUUGCGUGUUCACUUCAAGAACACCUAUGAGACCGCCAUGGCCAUUAAGACUGACAAGAGAGGAAAUCCAAUGAAGCUGCAGGCUGCCAAGCAGUACCUGGAGCAAGUCAUUGAGGGAAAGAGAUGCGUUCCCUUCCGUCGCUACUCCAACAACAUUGGCCGCACUGCUCAGGCUAAAGAGUUCAAGGCCACACAGGGUAGAUGGCCAGUCAAGAGCUGCAAGAUUCUGCUCGGGCUGCUGAAGAAUGCCGAAGCGAAUGCAGAGCAAAAGAAUCUUGACACAGAGAACUUGGUUGUUGAGCACAUCGAGGUCAGCCGUGCCCCUCGUGGUCGCAGAAGGACGUACAGAGCCCACGGCCGAAUCAACGCUUACAUGUCAUCCCCCUGCCACAUUCAGCUCAUUCUGCGGGAAGACAGCAAGGCCGUCGAGAAACCAAAGGAUAAGAAGAUCAUCAGACUCAGCAAGAAACAGCUAGCAAGAAGAAGGAUCAGAGUGGGCAACGACAACAAGGCAUAG